AUGACUAGAUCUAUGUUAUAUAUUUUGUUGAGUUGUGUUCAAACCCAGAGAAAUCUGUAAUUUCAGUCAAGGUAAGGGUCCGUUUCAUUUGAUUAGCAAUUAAUAGCAUCAUAUCCCCUUUUUGCGUACGUCAGUGUUGUUGUUGUCUGGUAGAAGCUGUCAUGAAUUGAAUUGUAUCUUGUUUUAAGCCACAUUUUUAUGAUACAUUUUUUAGACCUUGGUUUUAGAUCUUUUAAUUGGAUAAAGGAUUUCAGUCAUCAGACGUAUUAUUAGUAUUAUAUAGUAAAAUUUCAUUUUACUGUAAUAAUUACAAAAUGUUAGAGUCACCUUACAUGUUAAAAAGUGGUGUUUUCCUCACAGGCUGGUCCAUCUUCUCCACAUGUUGUCUCCAUCAGUACCACUUUGUUGCUCAACGCAUGAAGUGGACUGAAGCUCAGACCUACUGCAGAGAGACAUACACAGACCUGGUCACCAUUGAAAACACUGAAGACAUGAACCAACUCAUCAACACAGUUUCAUCUGCUGGUAAUAACAGUCAGGUCUGGAUUGGCCUGUACAGAGUCAUUGAUUGGAAGUGGUCAGAUGGGUACAGAGGGAGUGGAGCUGAAUAUAGGGACUGGGGAUCCAAUCAACCAAGUUUAGGCACUGAUAAACUCGGUGUAGUUAUUGUAAACAGUCGUCCCUCAUGGCAGAUUCAUUCUUGUACACAUGCACAUUAUUUCGUCUGUUAUAAUGGAACACAGCUGGAUCCUCAAUUUGUUGUUGUGAAUCAAGAGAUGUCUUGGUUUGAUGCUCAGCGGUACUGCAGGGAGAACUUCAUAGACCUGGCCACUGUGAGGAACAACACUGAGAACCAGCAGAUCCACAACUUGGUGCUGACGAAAGACUGGACAUGGAUCGGCCUGUACGGAGAUCCUGACUCCUUCCUUUAUAACUGGUCUGAUGGCAGUCCCUACUCACUCACCACAUGGGGUGAUAAACAUUCAGUUUCAGGAUCACUCAGAUCAAUGAUGUGUGGUGUGCAGGAAUCAAACCAAUGGACAUUUAAGUCCUGUGAAGAGAGAUUUCCAUUUGUCUGCUACAGCAUCCCUGCACCAGUAAAGAGGUGGGUAGUUAAGCUGAGGAUGAAGGUGCAGGACUCCUCUGUGGAUCUCAAUGACCCUGCUGUGAAAGCAAACAUCCUGAAAAAGUUCCAGGACAGACUGAAGGAGCAAGGAGUGAGUGGAGUCACCCUGAAGUGGAGAGAACAGCCUGAUGGGAAAGUCUUCCACAAGGAGGGAAAAGAAGAGAAGAAGAAAAAAAGAAAGAAGACUGAGCUCUGAAAUGAAAACCCAGCUUUACUUAUCUGUAAUCCAUGUUGAAUGUUGAUUCUCUAUCUGCUAACAAUACACUAUCAUCAGCUUAACCGUAACCUUGACUACAUCCUGUAUAGAAGAGUUUUAUCCUUCCUCAUCAAUAUUACUGUGUGAAGUGUUUCAAUCAAAGUCACUUUUCUUCCAAAUAAAACAUAUGAGAUGA